UCCUUCAACUACUACAAUUACUACUUCUUCUUCCCAUUUCUGGUUUAUGCCAUCCCUUAUUGCUUUCUCAAAUGGAUCCACAGAAGCUGAUGAAUUUUAUAAUGAUCAUAUUUUUUGGUCAUCUUAGCAAUGGCAACUGAAGCCCUUUCGGUGGACUCGCACUUCGAGGCUUGUCUGCCUCGAAGGUGUGGUAACGGUCCUGAUAUAAGCUACCCUUUUUGGAUUUUCAAAGAACAAGAAUCGUUUUGCGGAUAUCCGAACUUCGAGAUCACCUGCAAAGAGAAAGAUCCUAUACUCAAGAUUUCUGAGGAAACUUACAUCAUCAAAGAUAUAUUUUACAACAACAAUUCACUGCUUGUUGUCAAUGCUGUUGUUCACGAAGAUGAUUGUCCGACUCCCCAACUGAAUGUUAGUCUCGAUCGAACUCCGUUUAGUCUUAGUCCUGAUAAUGUCAAUCUUUCCUUUUUAUACAAUUGUGAGGAGCAACCAAAGUACCAUACAUAUCCAGUAAGUUGUGCUAGUAAUGCUUCUUUCCAUUCCUAUGCUGUUUUCCACAAACAAGCCUUGGAGAAUACUAACUAUUCGAUCAAGUCAUGCCGGACUCUGAUCGAAUCCCCUGUGUACAUAAACGACGAUGUUAGUUUCGUUAGCUUAUUAGGAAUGAAUUAUACCAACGUCUUGAAAUUGGGGUUCGUUUUGAACUGGACUGCACAUAGCUGCAGCAGCUGUAAAAGAAGCGGAGGCCGAUGCGGUUUCGGUUAUACUGAUGAAUUCGUUUGCUUUUGCUCAGACGGACCUCAUCCUAAGACCUGCAACGAUGGUGAUGAUUUUAACUUGGAAAGAAAGCUGAUCAUAGGUUUCUGUGCCGGUGCUGCAGGCAUACUGAUCAGCUGCGUCACCUUCUAUUUCUGGCGACAAUGUCUCCGUGGUGAACGGUUGUUUAAAUGGUCUUUCCUAACAAGCAAGAGUUCUUUGGAACGCUCUUCUGUUGUCGAUUCUGAGAAGGGUAAUAGCUUUGCUUGCAUCCAUGUAUUCACCUAUGAGGAACUUGAAGAAGCUACCAACAAUUUUAAUUCCGAAAGGGAGCUUGGUGAUGGAGGCUUUGGAACUGUAUAUUAUGGCAAACUUCAAGACGGUCGUGCUAUCGCUGUUAAACGCUUGUAUGAAAACAACUACAAGAGAGUUGAGCAAUUCAUGAAUGAAGUUGACAUCCUAACUCGGUUGCGCCAUCAAAAUCUCGUCUCACUUUAUGGAAGUACCUCUAGGCACAGUCGGGAACUCUUGCUCGUAUACGAAUAUGUUCCGAAUGGCACGGUAGCAGACCAUCUUCAUGGUGAACGUGCUAAACCAGGGGCACUCUCUUGGGACAUCCGGUUAGAGAUAGCCAUAGAGACCGCAAAUGCAUUGAGAUAUCUCCACGCUUCGGAUACCAUCCACCGUGAUGUGAAAACCAACAACAUCCUCCUGGACAACAAUUUUCGCGUUAAGGUCGCGGAUUUCGGUCUGUCUCGAAUCUUCCCGAUCCACGUUACGCAUGUUACCACCGCUCCUCAAGGGACUCCCGGUUACGUCGAUCCCGAAUAUCACCAGUGCUAUCAGCUUACUAGCAAGAGCGAUGUAUUCAGCUUUGGGGUCGUACUGAUCGAGCUAAUAUCAUCGAAACGAGCCGUGGACAUCAUGAGGCACCGCCACGAGAUUAACUUGUGGAACAUGGCGAUCAACAAGAUUCAAAACGGAGCAUUGCAUGAGCUAGUGGAUCCGUCUUUGGGGUUCGAAACGAACAACAAGGUUAGGAAAACGAUAACCGGAGUGGCGGAGGUGGCGUUCCGGUGCCUGCAGAAUGAGAGAGACAUGAGGCCGACAAUGGAACAAGUGCUGGAGACUUUAAUGGGAAUAAAGAAUGAGGAUUACAAGAAGGAAAAGGCAGAAGAAAUGGAUGUGUUCCCGGCAGAGGAAGAAGGUGGGUUGUUGAAGAGUAGACCGUUGCCUCCUUCUCCAAAUUCUGUGGUGUUAAAAUGGGUUAGCAGCGGCGGUUCUUCUACAACUACAACACCAAGUUUCUAAUUGAAUGGUAAAUGGGAUUUAUGUAAAUAUAAUCAUGUAUAUGUAGGAUAAGUGGUGAAUGAAGAGGUGCUUUUUGGUAC